AUGCAAAUUAAUUCAGAACUCAAUGGUGUAUUGAGUGCCGAACAAAGCCUGUCAAACCAACCUGAACAAAUUAAUACUUAUAACUACAUUAUAGACACUACAAAAUCGAUAGAAACUGCAAAUUCAAACCUAGGAAUUUGUUUACCAGAUGAACCAUUUAUUCCCGAAACUGUCAGCGUUGAAAGCCCCCUUGAUAAUUCAUGUUUAAUUGUCCAACCAGCAAGUUGUAAUAGAACCAACAAUAAACUCGACAACAAAUGUGAAAUAAACAAAGUGAAGUUAACGGAGCAUAAUAUGAAUAAUGACAAAAUCAGUAAAGCUAAGGUCUCGCGAAGUUACUCUCGACGCAAUCUUAAUUCUCCCCCUUACUGUGAGCCAUUGUCGCUGAAAUCGCUUGGAAACUUGCCUCUUAUCGAAAUAUCCAAGCCAUUUAUAACUCAGAAGAGGAAAACCUUUUUGGAAAGCCCAUCAAAUAUAUUGAAUGAUAAUACAAUUAGCACUGAGACAGUUACUCAGCACGUGUGCAUUGGCCAAAUACCAGCUGAUAUCUCUGAAUUUAUUGUCUUAGACGGCGAUGAAUGCAUGUCUGAGUGUGACAAUACUGAUAACUGUCCUUUUCGGCAGAGCUUUCUGGAGCGUCCCCCGCCCUUGCCUCAUGUUCGAAGAGCGGAAUGGUUGGCGCAUUUAAAUCUUGUUCGCCGGCUGACGGCAAAGUAA